CAAGAACGAACUGUUGCGUUAAACUUAAAACGCUUGUUUAUCUUCUUCCAAGCGCCUUUGGUGCUGGCAACUGUUUUGCUCUUGCUGCAACUGCGGGAAGAGAUACAAUUGAAAACUCUGAAUGGAACAACGUCUUGCUCUCGGGAAGCAGAACAGCACUGAAUUUGUACGCAUGCGAAAUGAAUAUCAACAAUGCUGCUGGAGGACCUACCGUGUCGGCGCCAAAAUUUUGAAUUUUUUUUCAUCCAAACUACAGAUGAAGAAAAGAAUCACUAGUGGUUGACAGGCGUAGACGUACCAGCCUCGAUUGAAAGGAGGGGUCCUAUGGGGCGGCGUUCUGAAUAGCAUGCGGCUUAUGGUGUUCGGAUGAUGUGGGUGUCGUUUUUUUUUCUCGUCAAUGUUGAGGCCGGUAAGCUAAAGCUUGCGCUCAUCUUUGAACCGAAGCCGCCCAGACGGCUGGCACGCAGUUGCAUGGGGUAGACGGAUGGGAAGUGGGGCCGCAUUCCGUCGCGGGCCGGUGUGUCGGACUGUGGGCCGCUGCAUUUCGUGGGGUCGCCAGCCUGGUCCGGGCGAAGGAGCGCGGGCGCGGGCCUUUUCGUGGUGCGUCUGA